AUGGACCCCUCCAAACCAUUCACUGCAGCUCCCACCAAAACCCCCUCAAGAACGCCUCCGCGCCCUCCACCCCCCAUCGAUCCCUCCAUCUUUUCCGACCGCCUGAAUGAUCCAUCGCCUGCUGCGAUUCCUGCUCCCGUCUCUCCGGGUACUCUAGGCUCCUCACUUCUAUCGCCGUCCGAUUUCCCCGUGCGUUCGGGCGUCCACCCAACACCGCAGCAGCAGCCCCAACCCCAAACACAACCCACUCCCCGACGCACUCCAAGCUCCAGUUCAUUGAGGGAUGAAAGGCGCAAAUCUACACCUAAUCUGAAGAAACAAUCUUCCACUGCCUCGCUUCGUUCAAGCCAAUUCGGAGGCCCUGCCUCUCCGCGGCCUAGUCUGUCGCGCCGCUCAUCCUCCACUCUCGCGACGUCACCCACCGCAGCUGCCUCACUUAGUGCCAGCGGUUAUACAAUAUCUUCUAGAAACGCCUCGUUAUCUGCGGCGACGGAACAGCCAGUGCCAACUGCUGCUUCCAUUGCGGCCGCUCACUUCAAGAAGGAAAUCGACCACCACCAAUCGACCGAUCUGCAAUCGCAGACCUUAGUUGUCAUCCACGAUGCGUGUUAUGGCCAUCGCUUCUCGCGCCCCCGCGCCUCCCGUGCCAUCCUGAGCUCGAUUGUUGAGCGACCAGAACGUGUUCAGGCUUGUGUUGUCGGUAUAUCCGCCGCGUAUGUUCGACUUGCCCGCAGAUAUACUGGUGGAUCGUUCGCCCCUCAUCCCGAUGUGAACCUUCACCAGCUUCCAGUUCCUCCGUUUCAGAUUCGCAAAACUUCACGCACAAUGGCGAUAGGCUCUACGGCCGUCACUCAUGUGCAUGGGACUAAGUGGAUGGAGGACCUCAAGUCUAUGUGCGACGCCGCUGAAUCACGACUUGCAUCGAACGGCAAGGAAUUGGUACGGCCUCGCAGCAGUGGCAGGGAUAGCGCGACCGGGAACUCCCCUGCGCCCGCCUUCCACGAAGGGGAUCUAUAUUUGUGUUCAGAGUCCUUGAACGCCUUUGAGGGGGCCUUGGGUGGAGUAUGUGAAGGCAUAGAUGGGGUGUUUAGCCCAGGACCUACGAAGCGCGCAUUUGUUUGCAUUCGCCCUCCAGGCCACCACUGCUCGUCUGGCCACCCGUCCGGAUUUUGCUGGAUUAACAAUGUCCACGUGGGCAUUUCCUACGCCGCGAUGACCCAUGGUCUGACCCAUGCAGCGAUUUUGGACUUUGACCUUCAUCAUGGUGACGGCUCGCAGGAUAUCACUUGGGGGCAGAACCAAAAAGCGUCCACUGCGCCGCGAAAUGCAGCUGCUCACAAAAAGGCCAUGGUGGGGUAUUUUAGUUUGCAUGAUAUCAAUUCGUACCCUUGUGAAAUGGGUGAACCGGAGAAAGUACGCAAUGCAAGUGUAUGCAUCGAAAAAGCACAUGGGCAAUCUAUUUGGAACGUCCACCUAGAGCCGUGGAAAACCGAGCAGGACUUCUGGGAACUUUAUUCGACCAAAUAUACCAUUUUGAUUAAGAAGGCUCGUGAUUUCUUGAAAAUGCACACCGAUCGCCUCGCAAGUGUACCCAAUGGCCCUACGCCCAAGGCUGCAAUUUUCAUUUCUGCCGGCUUCGAUGCUAGUGAAUGGGAAGGUGCAGGCAUGCAAAGGCACAAGGUGAAUGUCCCUACCGAAUUUUAUGCCAGGUUCACUGCCGAUGUUGCGCGCAUGGCAGAGGAGGAAGGACUCGGUGUUGAUGGGCGGGUCGUCAGUGUUUUGGAAGGGGGCUACAGCAAUCGAGCUCUGACCACCGGUGUCAUGAGCCACUUGUCAGGAUUGGGAGAUACUACACAAAAUGUAGAACCGGCUGGUAUUGAUCAGAUCAACCGCUUGGCAACUGAAAUGACAGAUCGUCUUGGUCUGUAUGAUACGACACCUGUUCCCAGCCAGGAACCUGUUUUUGCGGCCGCCUAUGAUCAAGAAUGGUGGUCCCCCGCCCCGUUGGAAGAGCUGGAGUCCUUGGUUUAUCCACCACCCCCUGCCAGCAAACCUCGGGAAAAGAUGGCACCGACAUACUUUGCUCCAACCCAGUCGUUUGCCGCAAAGGUUGUCCCUCCAAGUAGAGACCGGAGAUCCACCGGUUCCCACGCCAGCUCAGACCUGGAACCAUCCCCGCUACCACCGGUGGGCUGGGCGGUGGCUGCCCAUGAAUUAUCCAAGGUUCUGAUACCGAGUGACCGUCAAACCUCCAGUUAUAGACCUGAGGAGCUCAACGCCGAAGCCUCGCGUUUGAGGCGGGAACGACAUGCUGCUACCACCGAUGCUGUUCGUUCGACGGCAGGAACGCCAACUGAAGCAGCUGUAGGUGAGGAAAACAAGAUGAAACUUCGCAUUAGGAAACCCAAGGCUUCGCUACCGAGCACACCUAGACCUGAGACCCCAGCACGCCGUACCAACAGGAACAGUCGCAGAACAACAUUUGAUUCUCCUGGUGCCCUCCCCGACCCAUCUAGUUCCCCUGGACCCCGUGCGUCUCGUAGAAAGAGCGCGACCUCAACAAACUCCGAGCGAGAUGGACCAGCUUCGAGACCUGUGUCACAGGGCUCGGUGACUUCACGCAAGCCAAGCACAUCCCGGCCUGGGACCCCGAGACGCGCAGCAAGUCCAAGGAAAGCACCGCCCGUGCCCCGCGUUCCAUCUACGGUCCUCACUGGUAUGUCCCCGGACGACCAGCCUAUUACAUCAGAGCCUACAUCUGGCGGUAGCGAGCAUGCGCAGGAUGACAUGGACACCUUGACGGCUGAUGUGAAGAAGCUAAACAUUAAACUGAAAGUGCCUACUCCAGAGGAGAAUUCGGCCCGAGAGAAGAAGAUGGCAGAAGAGAGCAGGCGUAAACCCCUGAAGGCUCCGCCGAAGACGUCCCGCUCUCCUAGGAAAGUGUCAGCAGGCAAGAGACCGGUUGCAAACACUACUUCAAAGGCGGCUUCUCGACCUCCAGCCAGCUCCCACGACGAGCCCCCGCUUCCAGACGUCUCUAGGCAGAUGCAUACCGAGCAGCAGCAUGCAGAGACUGUCAAAGGACAGGUGGGAAAUUCCCUGGUAACACCAGACGCAUCAUCGCCUAUCCCUAUUGAAGAGAACAAAGAGCCAAAAAUCGAACCUGCCACUGAAGAGCAUCGAUGGAAUCAGAACCCAGUUCUCAGUGAGCCUAUCGCUGGCUCUUCUGAAACCGCGUACGCGAACAUUUCUCCGCCUUUGACCCCAGGAGCGGCGGGUGACUCCAUAAGUCCAAAGUCCAUGGUGUAUUCGGCCCCUGCGUCAGCGGCAGUGACUAGGCAAGGCCUCCCUGUAUUCAUGUCUCACGGCCCCAUUCCUUUUGCACCUUCGGACUCCACUAAAGAAUCC